AUGGGGUCGCGGCUGGGCCGGCGGGCCGGACCCGAGGCGGGCUCGGAGGCCGGGGCGGCGAGGUGCGGGCCCGCGCCCUAUGAGCGCCGGGUGCGCUGGCUCCGCGAGAUCCAGGCAACACUCCGUGAGCGGCGGCCCGAGCGCGCCCGGCAGCUGCUGCGCCUCCUGCGCCAGGACCUGGGCCUUGAGGGGACCCUCCUCACCAACAUCCUCUACAGAAACGUGGCCUUCCUCAAUCUGGUGGACCCCAUCUCCCAUGAUCUACUUGUGAACCUGGCCCGGGACCUGCAGUGCCCCAAAACGAACUAUGAGCUCUGGAAGUCCUCGGACAAGAUCUGCCGGCAGCUUAUCUACCACCUCACCCCUCACUCCAAGCAGCAGCGAAGGUCCAGCCUGCCCCGGAGGAAGAUCCAGAGCUGCCUCAAGAGCAGCCUCCAGAAGACUCUGCCAGCAGGGGAGACCGUGAACCUUUCUGGAAUCCCGCUGUCGGCGCAGGACGUGCAGCACAUAAUGCGCUACUUGGGCAGCCAGGGCACGGGGCUCGCGGUGCUGGACCUGAGCUUCACGGAGCUAAGUGAUGAGCUGCUGGGCCUGCUGCUGCCCAGCCUCUGGGCACUGCCCCACCUCACCCAGCUCCUGAUCAAUGGCAACCGGCUGACGCGGGCCACUGCCCACGAGCUCACCAAGGCAGUCAAGGACACCACCAAGUUCCCCGCGCUGGCCUGGGUAGACCUGAGUAACAACGUGGAUGUGGCCUCGCUGCCUCAGCCCCUGCUGGUCGGCCUGCGCCGACGGCUGAGCCAGUGCACCUCGCUCCCCACCAUCUAUGAGGGCCUGGACCUCGAGCCUGAGGAGCGCAAGCCUGAGGAUGGUGGGGCUGUGGCCACCACCGCUGCCUCCACCUGGGGCUCUGCAGCUGCUGGGCCAGGACCCGAGCCCCAGGCCUGCUGCACCAGGUGACCUGCCUCCUACCACUGGACUGACAAUGCUCCCAAGCUCAUAGGAUAGAAGGUGAUGGAGACCCUGGAGGUCCUCCAGGCCCCCAGAGAUCCAGUGCAAAUGCUCAGCUUGGGAUUAAGGAGAUGGAAGGAGAAUGAGCUCAUCAGAGGCUAGAUGGUCAGCCCAGAUGGCGGUCUCAGCCUUCCCUCAGCAGGAGCCUGGCACUCACUGUGCAUACCCCACAAUAAAGGGUGAUGCCCCCCUCUGCCUCAGCCUUUCUGCAUCAUGGACCUCAGGGCC